UAUUAUAGAUUGACAUUUAUAGAGUGAUUGACAGAUUUUAUUUGAAGUGUGAAGUAAAAACCGUUGAGUGAAUUUUUUAAAACUUUUAUCCUGAAUAUUACCAGGACAUUAAACACUGCUGAGAGUGGUACUAAGUGAAUAUAUUCCCCGAAAAUUUGUGUCUUGUAUUAUUUUAAAAAUGGCUCACAACCCAACCGUUUUUAAAACGUCUCAUAAAGAAAAUGAACCGAAAACCAUUGUAAAACUAAAUACGAAAUAUCAGGAAAAAGAGGGAAACGAUACUAAUAAAAAUUUUAUAAAAGAAAAUUCUGAAAAUUCUAAAACAAAAGAAAAUAUAAAGAUUAAUGUUCUAAAAGAAAAUUCGAAUAUAAAUAACGUUAAAGAAGUCGAAAAUAAUAAUAGACAAACAUCGGAUGGGACGACUAGCAAAGAAGAAAAACAUAAAUGGACCUUAGCCGAUUUCGACAUAGGCAAACCGUUAGGAAAAGGAAAAUUCGGCAACGUUUAUUUAGCCAGAGAAAAGAAAUCCAAAUUUCUGGUCGCUCUAAAAGUUCUUUUCAAAUCGGCUAUCAAAGAAUUCAACAACGAGCAUCAAGUGCGUAGAGAAAUCGAAAUUCAAAGUCAUUUGAGACAUCCGAAUAUAUUAAGAAUGUAUGGGUAUUUUCAUGAUGAUUCCAGAGUUUACCUUAUAUUGGAAUAUGCUGCAAAUGGAGCUGUAUAUUCCAAACUGUCAACGAGUCCAAAUAAAAGGUUUGCCGAAGAAGUAGCAGCGAAAUAUAUCGAACAAAUAGCCGAUGCUCUACGCUAUUGCCAUACAAAAAAAGUUAUUCACCGAGACAUCAAACCGGAAAAUCUACUUCUAGGAACGAAAGGAGAAAUAAAAAUAGCCGAUUUCGGUUGGUCGGUACAUGCUCCAUCAUCCAGAAGAACCACCCUAUGUGGCACGUUAGACUAUUUACCCCCGGAAAUGGUGACUGGGAAAACCCAUAACGAGAAAGUGGAUCUUUGGAGUCUCGGUGUGUUGUGUUUCGAAUUUCUCACCGGGAAACCGCCGUUCGAGUCAUCGAAUUACGACGAAACUUACCGGAGGAUAAGCAGGGCUCAAUUCGUCGUUCCAUCAUAUGUAUCACCCGAAGCCGGAGAUCUUAUUAAAAAAUUGUUGGUUGUGAAACCAGAUUUAAGAUUAGAAUUGGGGCAAGUGCUCGACCAUCCUUGGAUAUUGAAAUAUAAAAAUAAGUGACGCACAUCUGAUGAUGAUAAUUUUUGAAAGGAAGCCCCAAAAUAAUUAUUUUUAAUGUUUCUCAAGUGUCUACGAAGAAAUUAUUGUUGGACUGUGAAAAUAACGACAAAUCACUAUGUGUAGUGUGUGAUCCGCUUAAAAAUAAAAAAAAUAUGAUAAGAAAACAGUGAAAUUAUAUUACGAGGGUAAAUAACACGAAUGUUUUUGAUUAAAAAAUUUUUUGUGAACUAAUUUCAUGAUUCGCGUUUUUUGUGAUUUUUAAUUGACUGAUUUUGUGGAACUGUCAAUGGUGAAAAUAAAAUGGCGACGUUAACAACACCCACUGCGGCGAUAAACUCAUUUACAGUGUACAGCCCUCGUAAAAUAAUUAUUUUUUUUUUCAAAACUAAAUCAAACUGACGAUUUUUUUAGGAUCUGGUAUAUACAUAGGAGAUUUUGUAUUUAUAUGUUUUAUAUGUAAGUUUUUAUGAAUUAAUUUUUUUUAAAUAAAUUUGUUUCAUUAUGGUUUA